AUGGUUUGGCAGUGGGUAGAGCCCAAUUGUUGUGCGGACUCCGAUAGUAUAAGUAUACCGCGUGUAUCCGCAGCCAGGAGAAACCAAUACAAGAUAUUCUGUAUCAACAAUCAAUUAAUUGUCUUCAUCAUGCCGACUGCAAGCACAACUCUUGGAUGGACUCUGGCCAACUGGGGCUCGGCCCCGGCCACCUGGACACGCUCGUCCUCAUGCAGCCAGCCCAGCCAUAUCUACUACGCAGACAACGACGUCCCCUCUAUCCCCGCCAUGUUUGAGUCGUGCCCUGCUACGACUCUAGAUGAUUGUGGACCACGGCCAACUAAUUCAGACCUGGUCGACGACUUUCUCAGCGACCAGCGCAAUAUCCCCUACUGGUCCCCGGGGGUCCGAUGUCCUUCAGGGUGGACAUCUGUCGGGGCUGCCUCGCGCCCAAGCGAUGGACAAGUAUCCACGACUGGCAUCUUCACCAUAGACGCACUACCAACCGGUAGCUGGAAUGACAAUGACCCCAUUGCGCUGGGUGUUCAAGGUGCCCUUGGCGCACUCCUCGAUCCCAGCGAGACUGCAAUCGCGUGUUGUCCAAGUUCAAUGUCCGUCGGCAGAAACGGGCUCUGCUACUCGACGCUCCCUUCGCACAGCAUAUCGACAGCCUGCUUCGCCGACUUUGGCGGACAAGACCCCGAUCUGGAGGGCGUCAGCACGACAUUCGUUCUGUUCGGCGUCACCCAUACUGGCGAUAUCCUUGUACCCACGACGACUGCCCCAAGAACACCGACUCACACGACGACUCGGACUCUGAGUGCCCGCGAGACUGAUGAGCUGGUCGCUGCGACUAUGGCGGGGCCGAUUUAUCUAGUGCACCGGGCGAGGGAUGGGAAUGGCUCUGAUUCGAAUGGGAAUGACAAUAGCAAUGAUAAUGACGAUGACAGUGGAUCGUCGAACUCGGAUAAUGACUCGUCAAAUGGCGAUUCCGGCCAGGACAAUGGGGCGUCGAGGCUGGCGAUGGCUGGGGUUCUGGGGCUUUCUCUGCUUGCUGGGAUGGCGCUUGUGCCGUGGUAG